UUCAUCAAUUAUAGAGUUUCAACUUUGAAUUGUACGAAAUUAGUCUCGAAAAUUUUAGUAACUUGAGACUUUGCCCAAAAAGCAUCUAUUUGGAGUUCGAUUACGAGUGGAGAACUGAAUGUGGGAAAGAAUUGACGACGAUGGCGAGUAAAUCUUCAACGGAGGUUUCUUCAUACAAUCGUACUGUUCUCCGAUCAGCUACUGCGUCAAGACUCCUUCUCAUUUCACUCAUCGUUCUAUGGAGAUCUGUUCUCAGACCAUACGACACCUCCGCCAAUAUUAACGCUACCUGCCUCUCUUCCUCCGCCGCCCCCAGUCAAAUUGUAUUCCCUCGCGUCGCCGCUCUGAUCGAAAACAGCAUCGUUUGGGACAGCGUCUACUUCGUUCGAAUAGCGCAGUGCGGAUACGAGUACGAGCAAUCCUACGCCUUCUUACCCCUUCUCCCCAUAUGUAUGUCGACUAUUACACGAACAGUUUUUCUCCCGUUGGUUCCUUUAUUUGGACAUCGAGCUGUUCUUGGAUUAUCUGGCUAUGUCAUCAACAACAUUGCUUUUAUCUUUUCCGCGCUCUACCUCUACAGGCUUUCAGUUGUUAUUUUGAAGGACCGAGAUGCAGCUUUGAGAGCUUCACUUUUGUUUUGUUUCAAUCCAGCAUCAAUAUUCUAUUCAUCAAUAUAUUCUGAAAGCCUGUAUUCUCUGCUAUCCCUUGGAGGCUUGUAUGCUUUACUCUCCGGUGCAGAUAACGCUGCAACACUUGUGUUUUCUUUCUCGGGGUGUGCAAGGUCGAAUGGUGUGGUUAAUGCUGGCUAUAUUUGUUAUCAAACAAUGCAUCGUGCUUACCGUGCCAUCUUUCACAAGAAGGAUUGUCGUCUUGCCGUGCAGGUUCUUGCAGUUGGAGCCUUACGUUGUCUGUGUAUUUUCGUUCCUUUUAUUGCGUUUCAAGCAUUUGGUUACUACAAUAUUUGUCUUGGACAUUCUACUGAUAAGAUGAGGCCUUGGUGCAAAAAAAGAAUACCUCUGCUAUACAAUUUCAUUCAAAGUCACUACUGGGGAGUUGGGUUUCUCAAGUAUUUCCAACUAAGACAGUUGCCAAAUUUUCUCCUAGCUUCUCCAAUAUUGUUCUUAGCUCUUUCUACAAUAUUCCACUAUGUAAAACAAAGACCAGAAGUUUUUUUCUCACUGGGACUCCUCCAAUGUUCUAAUGUGGAUGAAGAUUUCCAGCCUAAACAAUUAGCUGAAAAAGAGAAAAUAGUUUCAGGAAGUGGUAAGUCGUCACAAGAAAAUUCUGUUCUUCAUAAACGGAAGCAAAAGAGGCAGAUAGAAGAUUUUAAUGUAAAUGCGAUGCAGCAUCAGAUCGCAGACGAACAGGAAUGUGUUCCCAAUGUCAUUCUUCCUUUUGUCUUUCACCUGGGCUUCAUGGUAGCUACUGCCUUUUUUGUCAUGCAUGUUCAGGUCUCGACCCGAUUCUUGUCAGCAAGUCCGCCUCUCUAUUGGUUUGCCACGUAUAUAGCUCGUGUUAGCAAGAGAUGGGGAUAUAUGAUUUGGGCAUAUUCCGCAGCCUAUAUUCUUCUUGGAAGUUUACUCUUUUCCAACUUCUACCCUUUCACGUAAAUUACUAUCAUCUUCUUUAAGUUUUGUCAAGUUCUCGGUUUGAUCGAAUCUUCCAUGGUUGUAAAAGCUUGGCUAAUAGGCGCCUACAUGGAGAUUUGGGGUUUCAUUCUAAUUCUGCAUGAUUGAAUGUCUAAUGCUAUAUUCUUUAUUAUGAAAUUCAAUUUUGAUUCAGGUUAGCAAUUUUAUGUAUUUAUUUGG